ACAGUUAUUUUCAUUAAUUGCGCUUAUUGCAGUGAAGAUAUUACCUGCAUAAAAAUGAAAAGUCUCGUACUUUCCGUCUGUAUUUUAAUAAUUGCUUUUCAGCUGUCUAGCUCAAUAGAACUAAAAAAUUUUAAAAAUAUAAUAGAAACUACUGAGGAUGACGUUGAAGCUUGCCGGAUUGAAAAUAAUGUGACUCAUGCUGAUGUAUACAGUCCCCGAGACAUGAUAACUGACUUACCUACCAAACCCGAAAAUAAAGAAAAAACAAGAAGAAUAGGCUGCUGGAUUGCGUGUGCCUUAAAAAGACAGAAUUUAAUGGAAGAUUCAAACAUUAAGGAAGCGCAAGUUCAUGUAAGAAUAAAUGUAGAGUAUGCUGAUCAUCCUGAAGAAGUUAUUGCUCAUAAAAUUGCGCGUAAAUGCUUGAAAGAAGUGAGAAAUAUUACAGAAGAAUGUGAGAAAAGUUUCUCCCUGGUUGUAUGUGCUGUAAAAACUACACGUGAGGAAGAGGAACAUCAACUACAUGAAAUAGAAGAAGCAGAAAUGAAAUAAAUUAAUAUAUAAAUACAAUCAAAUGCAAAAAUUAAAUAUUGUCCAUAUAGUUACUAAUAAAGAGCUGUAAUAUACAUUGUGAGAAAUAGAAUAGAAUUUAAAACAAAA